CACUCAAAUUUAUAAAUAUAAUUAAAAAAAAUCCCAAUCACUUGCAGACGUCUAUAUGAUUAAUAGUAUUAAAUUUACCACGGGUCAAAGACAAAUAACAUACGUCAAAUUAUGAGGUUAUCUUCAGAAUUCGUAUAUUUUUCUCGAGAGAAUAAAUUAAUGUUAUUUAUUAUUACUACAAAUUUGAGUAAGAUUCAUAUUCAUAUACGUUUACCUUCUGAAUAUCAAUUCUUCUAGUAGGUAUAAAGAAAUAGAAAUUAGAAUGUAAGAAAUCAGUAGAGUACGCUUGUUGUGCAGCAGAAGCCAAUUUUCAAAAUGAUUUAAAAACAUAUUUCAGUUGAUACGUGACCGUGAAAAGAAAUAGAUAAUGAAAGAAGUUAUCGAAGGUCCCAAGUUUAAAUCGCGAUUAUAUCAGUACACAGCUGCUUUUGGUGUUAACUUGGGAAUAUUAUCAGUUGGCUUACACUAUGGUUGGCCUUCAGCAGCGUUGCCGAUUUUACUCAGCGGUAACUACGCCUUCAAACUCACUCCUGACGAAGCAUCCUGGUUAGUAGCAAUGAUCCCGAUGACAUCUUUAAUAGGUGACAUUUUAGCCGCCUCAACUAUAAACAAAAUUGGUAGGAAGAAACUGAUACUAUUCUGUGCUCUACCAUUAACAAUAUCUUGGAUUCUGAUAGCAGUUGCUGAUUCACAAAUCAAUCUAUUCGUUAGUAGGGUUAUUGCUGGUAUAACCGAUGGGGUGUUAUUCACAGUAGUACCACCUUAUUUAGCUGAAAUUGCCGAUGCUGAUAUUAGAGGUUUUAUAGCAGGAACCUUCAUGAUGACGCUUAGCCUUGGAUUAUUAUUAGUAAAUGUUAUGCUGUACUUUUUGAGUAUAUCAACAACUGCGUAUAUUUCAUCUAUUUUUACUAUAUUUAUGUUAAUAAUACUGCCAAAUCUACCAGACAGUCCUUACUAUUUUAUGCUUAGCCAAAAAGACGAUGAAGCUAGAAAAAGUUUAAGAAAAUUACGAGGAAAAUGGGACGUAUCGGAAGAAAUGAAAAGGAUAGGAAAAGGUAUAGAAGAAGAUGGCGAAGAAGGAAAAAUCAAAGAUUUAAUUCGAAACAAAACUUAUAGAAAAUGUUUAUUAUUAUCACUUUUGUUGACUUUAACGCAGCAUCUUAGUGGAAUUCUACCGAUACAAUCUUAUGCUGAAACUUUGUUUAUAGAAACUAAAGAGUUUUUAAAUCCCGGUACAGCGAAUAUUAUUUACUAUUUGAUUUUCUUUCUAGCUUCUAUUGCUAGCUUGGUUUUGGCGGAUCGUGCUGGAAGGAGACCCCUAGUAUUAUUUGCAGCUGGUACAGCAGCUGCGAGCCAGUUAGCAAACGGUGUAUUUUUAUACAUAAAGACUUCUACUGAUAUAGAUACUAGCAAAAUAGAUUUUUUGCAACUACUAUUUAUUUCUACGUAUACAAUAGCUUAUUGUAGUGGUUUACAUUUAACACCAGUAGUGAUAACUACGGAGAUUUUUCCUUCUAAUAUGAAAGGAAUAGCAUUGUGCGUGAUUAAUAUAGUUUUCAGCUUCGCCAGUACGAUUUGUAUCAAAUUGUUCGCUUGGUUUACUACACAUUUCGGCGUUUAUGUACCGUUCUUUUUGUUUUCCGCUUGUGCUUUUGUUGGAUUCGGUUUAGUGUUCCGAUUUUUACCAGAAACGAAGUUAAAGACUAUGGAAGAGAUUCAAACGGAGUUGAGAGGGAAGAAAAACGUUCCAGAGAAGAUAACAUUUUUGGAGGACAAUAAGUUGUAAAGUAAAUAAAUAAUUUUAAAUUUAAAUAGUUAUUUUUCUUCUUUAAUUUUUACAAAUUAGUAGUUAAAAAUUGCUCGAAAAUGUAUCGGGGAUAUUAAAGGGUGAACAUUAUAAUUAAAAAACCUUACGGGGACCAUAUUUAUUAAAUACGUUAUAUGUUAUGGUCUAAACCACACUGAAGCCUUUUUUGACUAGGUAUGAAGGUUGAAAAGCGAUAAGGUAGGUAUUUGUCAGCAAUGUUCCACAAUACAGGAUACUGCAAACUAACUUUGUAAAAUACCAAAGAUAUUAUUUAAGCAAUAAAUAUCUGUUUUACAAUUAGAUAUUUUUCUUGUAAAAACUCCAAAACAGAUUCAAACUCCAAUAAAAAAAAAACAAUAAAAACAAUAAUAAAC